UCCGAAACCCACCACCAAAUAGCAGAAGAUCGCAAAAGCAUUACUCCCUACAAGCACUCCUUCAAUCCACUGAGAAGUUUCAGUUCGUCCAAACACAGAGAGCUUCAGCAAUGUCGCUGGUGAGGCGCAGCAACGUGUUCGACCCCUUCUCCAUGGACCUCUGGGACCCCUUCGACAACAUGUUCCGCUCCAUCGUCCCGUCGGCAGGCUCCGACUCCGACACCGCCGCCUUCGCCAACGCCCGCAUCGACUGGAAGGAGACCCCCGAGGCGCACGUGUUCAAGGCCGACCUCCCCGGCGUCAAGAAGGAGGAGGUCAAGGUCGAGGUGGAGGACGGCAACGUGCUGGUGAUCAGCGGCCAGCGCAGCAAGGAGAAGGAGGACAAGAACGACAGGUGGCACCGCGUCGAGCGCAGCAGCGGCCAGUUCAUGAGGCGCUUCCGCCUGCCGGAGGACGCCAAGACGGAGCAGGUGAAAGCCGGGCUGGAGAACGGCGUGCUCACGGUCACCGUGCCCAAGGCCGAGGGGAAGAAGCCCGAGGUGAAGAGCAUCCAGAUCUCCGGCUGAGCGGUCAUGGACGGACUCGUGGGGUGAGCAUGCGGCGGACGGAGGAUCUGCGGUUUGAGCUACUUGUAUGUCGUUGGUUACUCUGCUUUGGUAUGUUUGGUGUGUUCUGUUCCAGCGUUCCAUGGUAGUGGCUACUAGUAGUGUCAUGUGUCUGUACUCUGUACUUUCCCUCUUCGGUGAGCUUGGCUCAGUAUGUUCUGCGAGUGAAUAAAUAAAAGAAAGCAGUUCUUGUUGUGUCCA